UGAGGCCUUCCGCUCGGCUGGCGAUUGGCUCCUUUGUGAAGUCAGAUAAUUCGCGGCCCUUUACUUCACUGAGCACGUCUACGGGUUUUGCAGUCCCCGUUCCGGCCUCCGUUUCCCAUAUUACUCUUCACUCUUUCUCUUGCCUACCCUUAUUAACGAACAGUAAGAAAAAUCAACCAAGAAUAUUAUUUUUGGUAUCUGGAAUUGAAUUUACCAGGAAUGUGAGCACAGUUUCCUCGGUAAAGACUCUGCCUUUGGAAACAUUCUGCCCCUUGGCAGCUCUCCAGAGUUCAGACUUGGCAGCAUCAAGGACACAGCGCAAGCAGGCAUUUUGGAGAUCAAAAAUGGGUAGAAAAGAUGCUGCCACUGUCAAACUUCCUGUUGAUCAGUAUAGAAAGCAAAUUGGUAAACAGGAUUAUAAAAAAACCAAACCUAUUUUACGAGCAACCAAAUUAAAAGCAGAAGCAAAGAAAACAGCAAUAGGCAUAAAGGAAGUUGGCCUUGUACUUGCAGCUAUAUUGGCACUACUACUGGCUUUCUAUGCUUUCUUUUAUCUCAGACUGUCCACGGAUAUUGACCCUGAUCUGGACCCAGAUGAAGAUUAGCUAAGCAGCAAUGAAUGAAUUAAAGGGAAAUAAUUUUACAAAAGCAUCUUUUGGGACCAUUACUUCCAAUACUAAAACUGUAACAUCUUGAAUUCUUUCUGCUGGUAUUUUUAGUUUGCAGAAAUAUCUUUUUAAAUACUUGCAUAGGCUAUCAAGAAAAGAACCUUACCUAGCAAUGUAGUAUAAUGUAUGCUACCGGAUACUUUCAUAAAUCUUUCUGCUCUGACAGGCACCCUAACAUGGUGCAUUUAGAUAAAAUGGAAAACAGAUUCUAAAUUUUUCAGAUGUCUUAGCCAAUUUAUGUAUAUAACUCCAUCACUUAUGGAUUACUAAAUCUAUUUUUGUUCUAUAUACAUCAUUAGUAAAAUAUAUAUUCUCAUUUAUGAAGCACUCAAAUCACAUUCGGAGGCUAAGAAGGAACAAAAAGUCAUGGGAAAUUUUAUAUUUUACAAAGAAGCCCUUCUCUCUUUCCAGACGUAUUUUAAAUCAUUAGAGAGACUAUCUGCACAUACAUCUACAGUAAUCUUUUUCCUUCUUUGCCAACUGUUCAGUGCACAUGUGCUCCAUCAGAAAUGGCACCUGGAUGACAGAAGCUCAAAGAGUCACAUAUGUCUCUAAAAUAGAGUUCCUUUCCUCUUGGGCUGAAUGAGCUGGUGUAAAUAGAAAGUUCGGUUGAUCUUGAUUUUAAUUAACUUAUUACUCUGUUAAUAUAAACUUGGAAUUCUAUUUUAAUUAUUUUGUUCUGGCUGCUUGCAGUAUCAGUUUGCCCCUCUUGUUAGCGAGGUAUGUAACAGUUUGUUAUUUAAUUGUGCAGUUUUUUUCACGUAAUGGUAAUAACAAACGUCCUACUUACUCAGAUUCAUUUUCUUAUGUUGUCUCGUAAAUCUGAAUAAUACAAAGUUGUUUUACAAAAUUAUUUUUUGUCUUUUGAGAGCUAAUCAAUUAGGAUUCUUUAGUAAAAAAUAAAUGACAGAAGAAAAUAUAUGCUUCAUAUUACUUUCAUAUGUAAUUUUUUAUAUAAUUUUUCCAUGUAUUUUGCAUUUGAUGGAGCAUAAUGACCAGUAUAUUCAAUAUUUUUACUGAUAAUCAGAUUUCUAAAUAUAUUUUGCAAACACAUAACACACGAAGCUUAGAAAAUUGGAAAAUAUCUGUCCACAGAAGAGUUGUUAGCUACUACCUUAUAUAAAGAUACAUAGAAAAUGAAUAGUUUGAAACACGUACACAAAAUGUUUUAUAUUAUAUACAUUGUAUUAUGAAGAAUGAAGAAAAUAUUAAGAUUGUUUUGAUACUGGCCAAGAGAAGAAAUCCUUGGUAAAUAUCCUAGGAGUAUAUAGGGUUUUAUAAGUACAGUUUCUAAAAAGACAGAUAUUCUUUGGUACUUUUGCAAAAAGUUGAAUAUGACUGGUUAGCAUUAUGUUCUGUAGAAAUUUUUUCAAGUAGCAUAAUUUAUUUCAUCAGUGUGAAAACAGCCAAAGGUUCCAAUAUCCUCACAGAUCAUUUAUGCCAAACAUCUGAGGGCAAAAUUUAGCCAGUGUUAUUUACUAGAUUCUUCCCCUUGAACUCACAAAUUCAAGAGAAAGACUAAAAGUUCUUAUAUACUCACCACAGUGGACCAAUCCAAGUGGCAUUUUUAGGAAAGGUUGCAGCAUUUAAUGCCAUGUGGUAUGUCUGUUCGUGAAGUAGGAGGCAAGGGAAUAUCCAAGCUGGCAUUUUGGAUAUGAUGGGCCUUUUGCUUUCCUGAGUGACAUGCCACAUGUCAAGAAAUACUGCUUCUCCCCCCACUCCCAUCACAUUUACGUGAACAAUUUUCAGUUAGUUAUUUCCCCUCCCAUAUGGUGUCAAAAACAGUCAUAUUAAAUAAAGAUUAUUUCUAGUUUGCAGUGGUAAUUUAAAUGAUAGGAUAUGUAAUAAUUGCUUAUUAGAUACCUAUCCAAGUGAGAUAUAAAAGAGUUUACAGUAUUUAAAACAGAUGAUUAUGUUCUUAGAAAUGUUUGAAAAUGCAUCAUCCUAAAUAAAACUUUCCCAUUCUGUCCUGGUCUCGAGGUGUUAUUUUGGGGAAAAAAAUGUUUCUGAUAGUAAUAAAUAUUCAUUCCAAUAUAAUAUAAUUAUAGGCAAAUUUCAUGGCCUAGUCUUAUGGAUAUCUUGAGUCUACAGCCAGCUGGUCUAUUUGUAUGACUGAUUGACUUAUACUGGCCCCAGAGAGCCAUAAAUCCCAAAGGCUAACACUUCGAUUUCAGGAAAUAGCAGGUAAAGUGACACAAUAUAUGUUUACACAACACUGUUUUCAUGAAAUGCAAAUUUUGCAAACUCACAUUAACUGGGAAGCAGCCAAUCCUCUGUAGAGAAAUCCCAGAUUGAAAGUCUGGUUUGAAUCUUUGAAGACAGAAAGGUGAUAUCCAGCCUGCUGUUUCAAGGGACCACACUUUUGAAUAGUGAGUAGUGUUUGGCAUAAAUCUGAGACUGGCACCAGACACAAAUUUUAGGCAUGGUAUUUUCCCUCCAAUAAUUCACCGCUCAGAGUAAUUCAGAAGACAAAACCAGAAAAAAAUUAUAAUGACUUUUCAAAAUGUUAGAUUCUAUUUGUUAACCUACCCUGCAAAAUAAAUUUCCACUAAUACAGCAGAUUUAAAAUAUAGCCUAUGGAAUACUGUGAUUGAAAUUUGAAGAGUUGCUGGUUCUUAUUUUGCAUGCAAGUUUCUACAGGGUAAAGAAUAUAUAAAUUCAUUUGAGAUGAGAUACAGUAUUAUAAAAAUAUAACAAUCUAGAAUUUCUUUUAAAACAAACAAGACUAUUUUAGUAGAAAUAUAAGGUGGGUCAUUGUUUUAUGGUGGCAAAAUACUUCAAGAUUUUCUAUCAUAAUUUUUCAUAAAGACAAAAAAAAUAGUCUCACCUUAACUAAUGAUUGUAAGAUCCUGAGAGUAUGUUCUUGUUCAUUUUUGUAAUUCCAACAGUGUAGUACCAGCACACAAAUUUAAUACAUGCAUGUUAAAGUUUAAGUUAAUGUCUUUAGUCCUGUGAGAGUCUAGCACAAUUUUUUUGUGUAGAGUACAUGACCAAAAAUUGUUUGAAUUUAGUAAAUAAAACUUAAAACUCACAAUAU